UUUGUUGUGUCAUGAUGGUCAAGACACGGAGAAGACACGGAGGGCGGUCUCGAACAUAUCUGCUACUGUAUAGUUAUCUGCUAGCUAGCUGAUGAGACAAGUUAACACUAGCUAAUGUUGCGUUGAAGAGAAUCACGAAGGAGGAGAGGGGGAUUUUCCAAAAAAUGGCGGAUAUUGUCGAGGAUUACGGAAUUAAUUCUGCUGUCCCCUCAUUGCAGCACUCGUCCUCUCGUAAUGGGACUAACGUUAGUGUCAGUUCUGCAGCCGGUAACGAGAGCGGACCAACAGUAACCACUUUAACGACAGGCCCUCGGCUAGUGAGGAUAGUGAAGUCCGAUUCGGGCUAUGGUUUUAAUGUCCGAGGGCAAGUCAGCGAGGGAGGACAGCUCCGUAGCAUAAAUGGGGAAUUGUACGCACCUCUCCAGCAUGUCAGCGCUGUAUUGCCAGGAGGCGCAGCAGAUAGAGCGGGCAUCUCAAAGGGUGACCGAAUUCUUGAGGUCAAUGGGGUGAACGUGGAAGGGGCGACCCACAAGCAGGUGGUCGAUCUGAUCCGGGCAGGGGAGCGGGAGCUGGUGCUGGCGGUGCUGUCGGUGCCGCAGGCCGAGACAGACAGCCUUGAGGCGGCUGACGAGAGCCCAGCGGCGUGUUGCUAUGACUACAGCGAUAAGCAGGCUGUGCCCAUCUCCAUACCCACCUACAAGCACGUAGAGCAGAGCUCGGAGAAGUUUGUGGUGUAUAAUGUGUACAUGGCUGGCAGGCAGCUCUGCUCCAAGCGAUAUCGGGAGUUUUCCAUCCUGCAGCAGAACCUGAAGAGGGAGUUCGGCACCUACAACUUCCCCAAACUGCCGGGGAAGUGGCCCUUCUCCCUGUCCGAGCAGCAGCUGGACGCACGGCGCAGGGGCCUAGAAGAGUACCUGGAGAAAGCAUGUUCUAUACGGGUGAUUGGAGAAAGUGACGUGAUGCAAGAGUUCCUGUCUGAAUCAGAUGAGAACUUUAACGGCGCGUCAGAUGUGGAGCUGAGAAUAGCCAUGCCUGACAAAACGACAGUCACGAUCAGAGUUCGAAAGAACAGCACCACCGACCAGGUCUAUCAGGCUGUUGUGAUGAGAGUCGGAAUGGACAGCAUCACAGCUAGUUACUUUGCCCUUUUUGAAGUAAUCAACCAUACAUUUGUGCGUAAGCUGGCCCCUAAUGAGUUCCCCCAUAAGCUGUAUGUGCAGAACUACACCUCUGCUGUGGCCGGCACCUGCCUGACGCUCCGCAAGUGGCUCUUCAGUGCCGAGGAGGAGGUGCUGCUCAACGACAACCAGCUGGCCAUCACCUACUGCUUCCACCAGGCUGUGGAUGAUGUAAAGAAGGGGUUCAUAAAGGUGGGGGAGAAGUCUUAUCAGCUCCAGAAACUCGCCGAGCAGAAGAAGAUGAAUAUUUACUUGAGUAUGCUGAGCACAUGUGAAGGCUACAAUGAGAUUGUCUUCCCUCACUGCGCGUGUGACUCCAGACGCAAAGGCCACGUGGUCACCGCCAUCAGCAUCCACCACUUCAAGCUGCACGCCUGCACUGACGACGGCACUCUGGAGAAUCAGGUGAUUGCCUUUGAGUGGAGUGAGAUGCAACGCUGGGACACAGACGAGGAGGGCAUGGCCUUCUGCUUCGAGUACGCCCGCGGAGAGAAGAAGCCACGCUGGGUCAAGAUCUUCACCCCCUAUUUCAACUACAUGCACGAGUGCUUCGAGAGAGUGUUCUGUGAACUCAGGUGGAGGAAAGAGCUGGAGGAGGAGGUGACUGAUAAAGACAAUAAGAACUGCAGUAGAGAUGGUAUGUGUAGUAAGAAUAUCUUCCAGCUGCUGAGAAACAGAAGGGAUGGGGGCACUUGAAUGAGGAGAUCAUCACCUCUUGAACGCCGGCAUACAAAUGCACACACACACAAAAUACACAACAUCACUAACGCAAUAUAAAUAUACAAGUACAUGAAAAACUAAAGCGAGCAUUGUCGAGAAAAAAAAAAUGUAUAUAUGUCUAACAUGAGAAAUCCAAGUCAUCUGAAAGAAGAAAAACUCUAUUUUAAAAGUGGUUUAAAAUAUACAUACAUUUCUGCAUCAAACAUUGCACUUAACCUCAUUGCAACUGACUGGUGGGAUAUCUGCAACUCCAUCGAAGACCUGACUGACACUCGGUAUCUUGUGCUGAUGGAACUAUUUAGUAAGGUAGAAAUGGAAACUCGCCGCCUGACUGACUCAGGUUGUGUGUUACAUUGCACUGUGACCAAAUCUGCUGGACAUAGGACACUGGAGGGAAGCAAAAUCUACAACAUCAUUGGUCCAGGAUAUGGAUAUUAUAACGUCAUUGGUCAGCAGGAACAACUCCCGGGGUCUGAUUGGUGCGUGUUGUGGCUGCAAAAGGACUGGAGAAAGGUACUGGCUGGACUUCAUUUUACCUGGUUGUGACUUGCAAAGAGGAAAACAGGGCACUCACCUGAGGUCUUGCAAUUCAGGAGAUUGAUGAACAACCAGACACAAACACUCAUUGUGAACAUCUCAGAGAAAAUAUGGCUUUUAAUAAGCAGAGGAGAGAGAGCUCAUCCGUGCAGAAGAGCCUGCCUUGUUUUUCAAUUUGGCUUCAUCUCUGGGGAGAGAAAGACUGACAGAAACAAUAACCUUAUCCAUGUAAAUCUGAAUGUUUGUUUGCUUUACUCCUGGCUUUCUCAUCACAUGAUUCAGAUCAUUUCACUGGUGGCAGUUUUCCCUUCAUGGUGCUGGGUAGUGUCGCAACAGGCAGCACGUUGUGCCUGAUGGUUUAGUGUUUGCUACAGGUCUAAAGAUUUAUUUCUGUGCAUUCAGAUGCAUUUCAACAUUGAUUGUGUUUGUGUGUGUGUGUUUUUCUUUAUUCCCUAACCGAUGAGUUGGGUGGGUGUGUGAGGAAAUUGAGUGUAUGUGAUCUGUGUAAAUGAUUUAGUUAUGAGUGCGAUGUGAUCUGUGUAAAUGAUUUAGUUUUUUUAUUUUGUAUAGUCAUUGAUAGAACCUUAAAGAGCAUACAUUGUAUUAUGUACCUGCUGAAAUUAACACAGACACUGGUUGUGUGUACUCUGUAUGUUUUAUUGCUCAAACUAUUCAGCUGCCAUGUGCAUUGGGACUAGUCCUAGAACUACAGUAAUGUUAUUUAAUAUUAGUUCUGGUGUGUGGCGUUUGUGGUGUGUGGCAGAAUGACUUGUACACAAUUCAACACACAGGCUCUCUCACUUCUCUCUAUAGCGCUGUUAGUUAACUGUGUGUUGAAGAGGCUGUUUCCUUCAUGGACUUUUCACCAGUAGAAUUCCCUAAGCUUUAGUAUUCCCAUAAAAAUGGAGUCUAUGGACGUAGAGACGGCUUCUAACCUCAGUUCUUUGUUGUAUCCCUGUUGCCAAAACAACAGAGUUAAGCGGUGAUCUAGCUGAUGCAUACUUGAUGGGAAUGUUACUGACACAAUUUUGGGAAACUAUUGACUUCCAUGAGUAUUCAUGGAACACUCACUUUUUUUUAUAGACCCAAUGGGAGCAGAGUCUCUGAAUGUGACGUGUGAAGCUGGCCGUUUCUCCCUGUGCCUCACACAGGCCUACCUGUAGGGGAAUUCAGUCAUCCACUCUGUCUUUUGAAUCUUAAUGUUUUUACUUGAUUGUUUUGCCAUUGGACGUCUUUCUCUGUCUCUCUAUCUCUCUUUCAUCUGCGACUUGACUGAAAACGAUUGCUCUUUUAUUUAUAUCAGUAUUAGAAACCAAACUGCAGAUGCUUCAGAUAAAUAAAAUAAAUAAAACAUUUCAAUUCUGAUGUAAUGUUAAAAUGUUGAAGGACUGCACUAUUACCUUAAUGAAUAAAAUCGGCCUUUGACAAAUAGAGCAAAAAAUGUUUUUAAGAACUGGCUUCUGAAUAGUCUUUGAAAACUCAUAGAAGUGUUCAGGCAUAUUUGGUUAGUGUAUAGAUACGUUGUAAAAUAUUCUUUUAAAUAAAACAAUUUAUUGAAGCAACAGA